GUUGUCUGCAAAAUACCUCGCUUUCUAACUAGCAAAUACUAUGUUAUAAUAGUGUUGGCAUUAUUUUGCCAGGAUAUUAGCCUAGUUCGACAGAUUACUAGAUUGAGUCUAUAGAAUUUCAUUUUGAAGCAGCUCCAACUCAAGUGUCCCAACAAAACCUUCGAGAAGCCUUUCUGUGACUUACGUUAAUACAAAAAAUGUCAAAAAUCUCUCAUCGUUAUUGAAAGUGUCACUUAUCAUUGUGUAUGUCUGAAAAUUUCACAUGGCUUCUGUGUAUCAUUUUUUCGACGACGCUUUACACGUUUCAAAAGACAUAGUAAUCAAGUACAAAGAAUAUAAUAUCGCUAACAAGCGAACCCACUACGCAGCAAUAAAGAUUCAGCGGCUUUUCAGGGGAUAUCAAGUCCGAAAAAAAAUUAAAAAUCUUCAUAGAGCAGCCACAAUGAUACAGAAGUGUGUGAGAGGUUGGCUUUUGAGAUACCAUUUGCCAGAUAUUUUGCAAGAAUAUUAUGAUUUCAAGUGUAUGAAAUAUUAUAACGAAAUGGCAACGAGAAUCCAAGCUAGAUGGAAGGGAUAUCAGGUUAGAAAAUAUGAAGUAUGCAUCAAAGAUUAUCUUGAAGAAAAAGAAUUGAGGAUUAAGGCUGAUGAGGAAAUUAAGAUGAUUAUGUCUCAACGUGGUCCACACCAUACAGGUGGAGGAAGUCUCAAUAUAGAAGACGACAAAACAUAUAUUGAAAAACUGCUUUUGAACCUUUUUGAUCGCCACCAUUUGCUGAAAACCCACCAGCAAAGCGGUGUCCUUUCAAAUCAUGGAAAAAAUGAGUUAUCAGAACUAGAAAAAUUUCUUCAAAGCAUUCCAUGGACCGGUUAUAUGAGGAGUUUGAAGAAAAUUUACAGCACAUAUGCCAACCAUAAAGAGAAGUAUCAAUAUACAUUCGACGAUAAGAAGUUGAGGAGAGAGGAAGAUUUGUUGAGACUGAGAGAGGAACCAGCUAUAAAAACGUCUUUAGAAGAGGAAAAUAUUCAUGAAAAGCCGUAA